AUGGAUGAUGGAGCAGGGUUUACACACUUGUGGUUAGUGCUGCUGCUGCUGGCCCCCGCCCGCUGCAUCUGCCCGUCCAAGUGCACAUGCAGGGACGAUGCUCUGGCAGCCUCCUGCGUCGGCGCUGGUCUCGCGGUCGUCCCCAUCCAGCUCAACCCUGACCUGGAGGUCAUAGAGCUCCAGGAGAACAGGAUAGCCAAUGUCGACUACACCCUCACCUUCUAUACGAGUUUGCGCAAGUUGGACGUCUCCAACAACAAGAUUAACUCACUCAAAGCACACAACUUCGAGAAUCAAGGCAAGUUGCUUUCGCUCAACGCUAGCUACAAUAACAUCACCACACUCAGCAAAGAUGCAUUCAAAGGGCUCAAGUUACUAAGGAACCUAGACUUGAGUCAUAACAAUAUUAUGAAUGUCGAGCCUGGAUCGUUCCAUGACACGGCCAAUCUGCAAACCAUCAACCUCUCCUACAAUAGGAUCACUUCCUUUUUGGAUCCUACAGUGUUCAAGCCCAUCAGCUCAUUAAGGGUGUUGAACUUACACAAUAAUGAGAUACUAGACAUACCCAGUGUUCUUAUCAAAAACUUGCCUUCCCCUUGUGUUCUUGAAACGCUAACCUUAAGCAAUAAUCUCAUCGAGAUUAUUGAAGAAAAGUCGUUCCUUGCACCUUGCAGCCACAGUAUUAAGACAUUGACACUUGGGUCCAAUGUCAUCAAAGAUAUUGAGAAAGCAGCUUUCAACGCUCUCUACAAUCUCGAGUACGUCGACCUUUCAUUCAACAAUCUAACAUACAUACCGACAAUGCAGUUAUCGAAAUUAAGUAAGCUGAGGGAGUUGGAUCUCAGUGGAAACAGGUUCACAGAAGUAAGACCUGUCGCUUUCCAAAGCCUCUUCCAGCUUAGGAUUCUGAAAUUGAACCGACUAUGGCACUUGAAUAAAAUAGACAGCCGGGCCUUCGUGGACAAUAUACGAUUGGAGAGCCUUCACGUGGAAGAGAACGAACUGCUGACCAGGAUACCGCCGAGGAUAUUCCAUGGCAACCCGCAGCUGAUGCACGUCUCUCUGAGAGGCAACUCUUUGACAACUGCGGAUGUAUCUCAUUUCCCGCUGGACCGAUUGCGAUCUCUGGAUCUAUCUGGGAAUCCACUUCAUUGCAACUGUUCGCUUCACUGGUUGUGGACUCUGGUGCAGAUGGAGAUAAAGUUGGUAGAGCCGACGUCUGCGCCGUCUAAUGACACUUCAGAAACCUCAGAUGUACAGCUGAGGGUAGUAUCGCGUAAUCUCAAGUGCGAGUCACCAGAGAGUCUUCGCGGACAACUUAUGUCAGAGAUCCCCGAAUCGACAGUGAGCUGCGAGACGACUUGGAUGACAGUUGCUAUCAUCACAGCGCUCGUGCUUGCCCUUUCAGGGGGGACUUGCGUGUUCCUGCUGCUGUUCGGGACCGACCGGCGACUGUGCGGGUGCCGGAGGUCCGGGAAGCAGGAGAACGACCCGGUGGCGGGGGACACGAGGAGGCUGGCCCCUGGGCUCCACGGCCCCAGCGGGCCCAUCUUGAUGCUGAUGCCGGACAAGCACUAUCGGGACGCCAUCAUGAGCGGCUACAUGAAGGCCUCGGAGGACACCAAGGUGGUGGAGCCGUGGAUGGACCAGCCGGCCAGCGAGUUCGACUCCAACCAGGCCAAGAAGCCGCACAUCGUGUACGUGUAAGUGUGCCAACCCCAGGACCUGAGUGCAGGUGCAGCCUUCCGUCCUGUACCACUCACCUCGAUGUCUUCACGUUCUCAAGUAGCUUUGGGAUGACACCUCGGUAAACAUUCUUUACUGAAAUAUGAAAAAAAAAAUCUCAAAGCAGCAUAUUUCCUAGGCUGUCACUAUUCUGCAUAUAUCUUUUUUGUAUACAUAGGAUUAUAAUCCUACUUUUUGUAAACGUGUGUAAUAGUCAGCUAAAAAUAUUUUACUAAUGAUUUAAUGAUUUAAGAAUUAUUGAUUUCUAUUUGUACUAUACACCAAAAUGAGUAGUAUUACAUUUGAUAAAUAUGUCUACUUCACAAAUUUUUACCAAUAUAUCUGUUAUCCGUUUUUAUAUGUAAAAAAAAAAGGGCCUGUUUACACCCUAUUGUGAUAAAAGUAAUGUAUAAAUUUUCGAAUUCUUCACACAUCCAUUUUUAUUAAAGUUUAUUUAUAUUUGUUUUUCAAUGUCUUAUUACUCCUCACAGUCUAACUGACCAAUAUUAGUGACAUAUUAUGCGUCUCUUAUUAUUUAAAAAAUAACUUGCAUAUUGGUAUAUGCUUCUUUGUAUAAACUUCGUAUGAAAGACUGAGAAGAAAAAGAACUCGACAAAACGAUGGAUUAUAAUACAUUAUUGUUAUUUAUGUCAUUUUUCAUUGUUAAAAAAAUUGUUAUAUAUAUUUUUAAUUAUAUGGCGUACUUGUUAACUACUUCAAACAGCAUUGCAUAGGCAGAAAGUUGUUAAAAGUGAUCAAGGAUAUAAUGUAAGGAAUGUUAUAUGAGGUACAUAUAUAUGUAGUCAUGUGAUUGUGUGUCAUUAUUACAUGCAUUUUAUUUUUAAUUGUAACGCGUAAUGUAAACAAUAACGCUUAACUGCAAUUAUAUAUUUUUAAUAUAACUGUCAUUUAUGUAAAAAGUUUGUAAAAAAAAAUUCUUAUUAAAUCAUAAACAUUGGCCUUUUACCACUCCAAGUAUGUUUUUUUGAUUUUUAUAGUAUUUAUAUUUUAAUACAUUGAAUAAUAAUGUAAUGGAAUAGAACGUAAAAAGUGGCAUAAAAUUAAAAUAUAUACAUAAAGAUGAUUUAAAAAAAAAAAGACUCCAAAAAAUUGGCUAUUGUCUUAAUUAGGCUAAGGUAAAUUAUGCAAUACAAUGAUUAUACAUUUUUAUAAGUAUAAAUUUUAAUCUA